CCUCCUCCUCCUCCUCAGCAGGAUGUUUUAAACCAGGAGGCGUCAGGAGGAGGUGGAGGAGUCAGGAUGGGAUCCAGUAGCUCCAAGCUGGACUUGGUCCCAGACGCCGAGGAGCUGAUGAAGGAGACGGGAUUCUCUUCCGCCCACUUGCUCCGUCUCUACGAGAGGUUUGAGUUUCUGGACAGAGACAACAGAGGACGACUGGGUCCUGACGACUUUGAAGCGGUUACAGAAUUGGCCUUGAAUCCCAUUGGAGACAGAAUCGUCGCUGCAUUUUUCCGCCCGGGAAAGGAAACCGUGGACUUUCCCUCUUUUGUUCGGAUUCUGGCUCAUUUUCGUCCCGUCGACACAAACCGAAGCCGAGACGGCGCCCAGACAGAACCGGCCAACAGCAGGAACAAGAAACUCAAAUUUGCCUUCAAGCUUUACGACCAGGACAGAGACGGAAAGAUUUCCAGAGCCGAGCUGCUCCAGGUGCUUCAGGCCAUGUUGGGGAUGCAGGUGACGGAGGAGCAGCUCCAGAGCAUCGCAGAGAGAGCGAUUCAGGAGGUCGACCUGGACGGAGACGACGCCGUCUCCUUCGACGAGUUCAAGAGGUCUCUGGAGAAAGUCGACAUCGACCACAAGAUGAGCAUUCGCUUCCUGGAGUAAAGAAGGAAACGUGGCCGGAUCAGAAGGACUUUACCUUUUAUUUAUUCACGCAGACACCAGCUGUGAAAUGUCUCGUAGAAUAAUCGCUAAAUAGUUUGGUGAAACCAGAGCCAGUUCUUACAAAUCUCACAAAAAAUACCUGAAAAUGAACUAAAUUAAACAUAAGACUUGUAUUUGUUUAUCCAGUAAAAUGAGCCAAAGUUCCUCUGGAACUGAACCAGAGUCCAUGUGUUCACAAGUGUUUCCAUCAGUGUGAUGAGGUUCAGUUUCUAUAAAUCAGGGAUUUGUCUCAGUCUGAUCUUCACAACACAUGUUUGUGGGACAAAGGAGCUUUGUGAGAAAAAGAGUUUCUGGAAGCCACAGAUAAUAAAACACAGGAAGUACCACAGAAGAAGAAAUCCAUGACCCUAUUACACUUACACAGACUUAAUGAUAAAUUAUUAACAUACAGACAAACACUGUUAACACUUACAUCCUUUACAAGUUAAAAUAUGUAAAAACUAUUUUUUUGUUUGUUUGUUUUCGUAUGUUUUUGUGGGGACUGAUAUGUAACACUGGCUCAUUAUAGGCUCAUUUCUG